ACACGUGAAAAGCACAUGAUCAGUGAUCACAUGAGUGAUAAUUUAGUCAAUCCACUACUUUAAUCGUCCAGCGGAACGCCGGAAGAGACUACUGCAGAAAGAAUGAGACUGGUAAUUCUUGACGAAUAUGAUCUGGCAAGUGAAUGGGCUGCGAAAUACAUACGUAACCGUAUUAUCCAGUUUCAACCUGGACCACACAAAUAUUUUACUUUAGGACUGCCUACUGGAAGCACUCCUUUGGGCUGUUACAAAAAAUUAAUAGAAUACCAUAAAAGUGGUGAUUUGUCUUUUAAGUAUGUGAAGACCUUCAACAUGGAUGAAUAUGUGGGGUUACCAAGAGAUCACCCAGAAAGCUACCACUCAUACAUGUUCAACAAUUUUUUCAAACAUAUUGAUAUUGACCCUGCCAAUGCCCAUAUUCUUGAUGGAAAUGCACCAGAUCUUGAAGCAGAAUGUGAAGCAUUUGAAGAAAAAAUUAGUAAAGCAGGGGGUAUUGAUCUGUUUGUUGGUGGUAUUGGCCCUGACGGUCACAUUGCUUUCAAUGAGCCAGGCUCCAGUUUGGUUUCCAGAACAAGAGUCAAAACAUUGGCAAAGGAUACCAUUGUGGCUAAUGCUAGAUUCUUUGGUAAUGACUUAUCAAAGGUUCCAACAAUGGCACUUACAGUAGGUGUCGGAACAGUUAUGGAUGCCAGAGAGGUAAUGAUUCUGAUCACAGGAGCACAUAAAGCCUUUGCUUUGUACAAGGCAAUUGAAGACGGAGUGAAUCACAUGUGGACAGUUUCAGCAUUCCAACAACACCCUCGUACAAUUUUUGUCUGUGAUGAAGAUGCAACUUUAGAGCUGCGAGUAAAGACUGUGAAGUAUUUUAAAGGGUUAAUGCAUGUGCACAACAAGCUGGUGGAUCCAUUAUACUCAAUGAAAGACUUUGCAAACUGAUGACCAAAGACUUGUUGAAGUGAAAGUCGUAAGAGGCAUAAACAUAACACCGGGAUGACCAACACGUACGCUAAAAUGUUUCCACUGAGCACUCCUGACGUCAUUUCAUUGCCUCCUGCAGGACAGUCAGUCUGUGAAAAUGUAUCAAAAAGAAAACCCAAAUCCCUGUUUCAGACUUUAUGUAACGGGCACAUGGAUACCCCGCUGUGUGUCAUUUCAUGUGUCAUUCUUCAGACUUGAAAUAGUUUAUAUUCGAUGGCCAUUCUAUGUCACACUAAUUAUAUGCUGAAGACGUUUCACUUGUCCCAAAUUCAGUGCAGUUUUGCAGUCAAUAUUUCACAUUUACAUUUUGCACUUUACUUAAGUCAAGCACCAGUGCAGUUAUUUCUUCUACCUUAUAACACACACUCUGUCUUUUGUACUUUUUUAAAAUAAGUAUUUUAUAUUUAGGCUUAACCACUUAAUUUAAAAUCAUGGUAGCAAAUGCUUGGAAAACUUGUACUUAUUAUUAAAGCACAUUCAUAAAUUGCAUUUUAUAUUACUUAUUUUGGGUGUCUUAGUUUAAGUGUGAAUAGGUUAUGUAAUGAUUGUUUCCAGUCCCCUAUUUUUAUGAUUUAAAAAGCAAAGUUAAAAUCAAUUAUGUGCCAAAAUGUGUCGGUUGAUUUUUUUUUUUUUUUUCUUUUCUUUUCAUUCUGGCCUUUGUUGACCCAAUUCAAGUCAGCUGGUGGAACCUGGAAAGCAUACAUUGAUAUGUUAAUUAUAUAUUCCUGUAUCUUUAUUAAAGCAUUUAUCUAGUGUG